UCUGGAAAAAAAAAAAAAAAAACAAAUAUUCAACAACUGUUCAAAUACACUGUAAGAAAUUGCGGCAAGCAAACGAUUAAACGGCCUACCAAAGCGCAACAAGCUAAAAGCGCUCAAGUGACAAAAGUUCCAAUAACAACGACGAAUACAAGACGUGACGGUCUGCUAGACCGAAAGAUAGCCUAUACCUAUCUCGGAAUUGUCGUAUUUACUUAUUCCCAACAUAAAUAAUCACGUUGUCGUUAUGAAAAUCGCAUAGAAAGGUGAUAUUUCGGAGUAAAAAGUGCAAUGAUAGAGUAAGAGAAAGUUAAAGAUUUCAGAAAUAAGACAACGGGAGUGAGGAAGGAUAUGGGACAAUGGGAGAGAAAGAGAUAUAGUGAUAGAGAGAGAGAGAGAGAGAGAGAGAGAGAGAGAGAGAGAGCGCACGAGACGGCGGCAGUGUGACCGAGGCGGAGUGAGUAUAAGCUUGUAAUAAAUGAGAGUCGAAAGCUAGUCAAAACUCUGUCAUACCCUUUACAAAAAUUAUUAAUGGGUAUUGGAUAUAAUAAGACAAAUUGUUGUUGCUCGCGUAAUGCGUGCCUAGGGCAAUUACAAGCUUCGCCUGGCAGCCAGACGAGCGCAUCUUCGGCGCUUUUGGCGACAGUUUUCCUAAGACAGUUAUGGCAAGACGUUGGCAACUAUUUGUGGGUCUGCUGCUGUUCAGCCUGAGCCAGCAGGCAUCAGCUGGUGUUAUGGACAAUGUGAACGAUGGCCUGAAACUGGCAGGAGAAAUGUUUGGCAUUAACACAGCAGCUGAUGUGGCCAAUCUGGUGGCCAAGGCCUUUUCCAGAGUGACAACGCGCAAGAAACCCGAUCUAAUGAGCGUGCUGCAGCAGGGUUUCGAAGCACAGCGAAACCAGCAGCAGGAAGAGGAGGAAGGUGAUCAAGAGGAGCAGGAGAAUGCACAGGAGUCGCCGCCCGUUGACGGAGACACACGUCGUCGACCCUUGCAGUUCAGCAGCGUUCAAAUGCUGACCAACAUGAUGCGCAUGAUAGGCUUCGAUCCGCGCAAGCUGGGUGCACUGGCUCUCAAUGCAAUUGUGAUGAUUGCACAGGCGAUUGGCAGCACAAUAAUGCAGGCGACACGUGGCGGCGGCGAAAGCAACGCUGACACUGGACCCGAGGCGCUCUUCGAGCCCAACGAACAUCAGCCGCGGGAUUUGACACCCGGCAGCCCAAUAGAUUGGUUCCUGAAACGUCCCGGCGCACAUACACAGCGCAUGGUGCGCCGCAUCAUGGAUCGCCAGCUGCCCGAGUACAUUGUGGACAUGAUUGAGUCCAAGGAGACACCCGAUGGCAAUGAAGCCGCCUGCCUGAAGCUGCUCAUGUGCAAGAGCUCGCCCAUCAUUUGGGGCAUGCAGAACUCGCUUAAGAAGCGCUUGGCCGGCGAGCCCGAGGAGUUCGACGAGCAGAGUUACAUGAAUGCAAAUGCAUUCUUUAAAUAUUUGCCCAGUUUGGAUGAGUUCAAGGAGCAUGGAGCGGGCUGUGAGUCCCGCUUUGCCAAGUACUGUCCACGCAAUGCAACAUUGGGCAAACCCUAAAGAGUACCCAAGAAUAUUAACCCAUCAACCCAAAGACGCAAUUUUUUAUAUUGGCAUUUAGUUUUAAGUUCUAAAUAGUUGCAUCAAUAAAUCAAUAAAUUGUUUUGUAAUUAGCCUGAGAUUCGCAACAAGCGAUAAGCCGGGCCUAAUGUUCCAUGAAACGACCUCUAAGCUACUAGUAUAUAAUCUAUAUUAUUAUAUGAUCUGUUUACUCUACAUGUAACACCCAACU